AUGGAAAACACUUCCCCUUUGGAGCUUUUGAAAUGAUAAAAGUUUAUCUCAAAGUAACUAAACCUACGUAAUAUAAAAUGUAUGCCUGAAACACUGUAACAUAUAUUAUGAAAUAUUUCAGUAAGUCUGUAAAUCUCACCGCUAGGACAUGGAAAAGAGCCUCGCUGCUUGAGCCCAGUUUCUUCGGUGGCAAAGUGCUGGACGGAAAGAGCAGUGGCAGGGCUCUGAAGACAGCUGUGAUAUGCUCCACUGGUUUAAUGGAAAAGGGACAAUACAAGGUGGUACCAUAAAUAACUUUAACAUAACAAAUAAUUACGAGACAUUAUUAUAUAAAAUGAACAAGUCAAUGUAUUGUGACUUCACCUCCAUUCAAAGUUUUAGGAAUCUUCAUGGCCUUCUUCAUCACUCCAUAAAACUGGACCUUUGAAUAGAAGGUUUUCCACCUGUUCUGCAUCUCUGAUAUGUACUGGGAGUUGGUCGGUUGGAUGAUUCGCUGCAGCUCAUCCAGCACCUGAAAAAUAGAUUCAGAUAAAGAAAAAAAAAACUGAAAAAAGUACAUUCUGAUGACUUCUUAAAAAAAAAUUUAAAAAAACAUUACUUACAUGAUCCAGUUCUCUGAAACAAGGGUAAGCCUCUAGAAUCUUUGUUGCUCUGUCUUGCUCCUUUAAAACAUCAGAGGUGAUGAAGCAUCUUCGAGACUCAAAUUCCAUGUUCAGCAAAUGAGUUACCGCAGCUUUGUUUGGCUUUUUGGACUUGUAUAUUUCUUGGAGGGUCUUGUAGUGUCUUGCUUGGAUUUUCUGGCUGUCCAUGAUGUCAACUGAACAAGCUGAAGACAUUACAGGAACGUUAUGGUGGAAAGGGGACAUGAGAUUUCCAAACUGACAAGUAAAACUGACAAAUUAAAUGUAAUACAAUACAUACAUUCUUCAUCACUGCUGUUCCGGUUCUGCACUGGGGUGCUGGUUCUAGGUGACAGAUCUACUGGGAUGCCCAUGGGACUAACAGGUGACCGUUCCAGAAUAAUGGUGGAUGUACUGGAGUCUCCAUCGUAGUCAGUAGUUGCAACGUCUGAACUGACUUCUUGUCGUGGUUUCUUGGAAGGAGGACCUUUGACCUUCUUUGGACUUCUGACAUUUGAGAGUCUCUUCAUGAGCUUUUUGGCAACAUGCUCCUGCGAGGCAUACGUAGUUAACAUUAAAAAAAAUGACAAUAGGCUCAAACUUUCUUAUAUUCUAAUUAUAGCUUUCGGCAAUGUCUUGCUCCAUUUGAACUUUCUGUCACGAUUUAGCACUGUAUGAACAGAAAUCUCAGUAUUAUCAUACAGGCAAAAAACAAAAGUGACAAAAUCUACUCACCCACUCAUUGAUUGAUGACCUGUCUUUUAUCAUUGGAUAGUAAUCCACCAGUCGCUUUGCCAUGGCAUUCACCUCAUGUUUGGUGGGGUAUCUGGAGUCCUCUGUGGCUCUUGCGAUGGAGAUCAUGUUAGUCAUAGUGUUUCUUAUGAGUCGGCAGAAGAGUUCCUUGGAUAGGGUCCCAUUGUGCUCGGUCCCCAGUCGUUUCUGUUCAAAGUAGGAGCGUCGCACCUGUUCAAGCUCACUGUCGGUGAAGACUAUGUAUUCUGGGUUUGACAUAGUCACAAAUUUAGAAGUAUUGGCCUCCUCUAAUGAAAAGUCACUGCCUCCAGUGGGGGGUGAUUGCUGAAUUUCGGGAGCAGUAUCCACCUAAAACACAUUUACACAAACAUUUAUUGAGUAACUUUGUCAUAGUAUGUUCUUACUUGUUAGUUUAAGCAUUAUCAUUUUGGGGAUUAAAAAAACACUUUUAUUUUAUAUCCACUGUUGAAAUGGACUCAAAGCAGAAAUGUCAUAUUUAUGUAUAUGAACCAGAUUUAAACUGUGAUAUUGGAGAAUGUUGUACUGUUAAACAGUUAUGUUGUACUGUGAAAGACAAACCUGACCUUUUCAUCUUUAUUUACAACAAGCCAUAUAGCCCGCCGCCUCAAGAAAUUUUCAGGACCAGGAAAGAGGUCUUUGAUGUCGUCUCGGGAAAGCGAGGGGAGUAAGUCUUCUCCAAUAUUAGCAGCUGGAAUAUAGAACAGUUACAGACAGGGCCAAGAAACAAAGGUUAUCAUUUAAUUCCCUCAGAUUUUAACAUUUUUACUUCAAGAGCAGUGAGUGAAUUUGACAGCAUUUAUAAAUUACCGGUACAUAUAUUGAAGCCAUGCAAACUACAGUAAGAGUGACAAUAGAGCCUUGCUAGAUAAAAUGCAUUCACAUUUCAUGUCAGUUAAUAUAUUUUGUAAAGCUUGAUAGACAAUUGGCACCACAAAUGGCACCUUUAAACAAAUGCGUUAGCCUACAGAUUAAACUCAGGCGCCUUGUACUGAUAGUGCCGGGGUCCUGUGCGCGCAAAAGAGCUCCAACGGCUCCGGCUCAUGCCUGGGCAUGCGCACUGCUUAAUCAAUUAACCCUUAACGUUUUACAACAAGGUGUUGCUGUUUUUUCAGCAUUUACAGCCCCUAAUAUUAACAUAAUGGACCCAAAGCUUAAUUAGACUUAACCUAUUUCUAGAUGGGAAUCAUAAUGCAACACCAGACAUUUUUUGAUGUAGAUUAGCUGCUAAACUUUAGCCCAUUAGCCGCAAAUCCACGAAUUGUUAAGAUAGGUAAAGAACGCCAGUACAACAUAAAAGUAACCCCUGUAGCAUACCUCUUAGUGUGGCAAUUGCGACCUCGUCCAGUUUUUCCAUUAUUUGACUCUGAUAUCCACAAUCGACGUUUGAGAAUAAUCAAUUCGAGCAGCAGCAGGUGACAUCCGGAGUAGCUUCUGUGUAGGCCGAAUUCAAAUUGCAACGGACUCCAAGCGGGGGGGGGAAAGGCGCAACAGGGUGGAUUGUACCAUCUUCCAAGAGGGGGCGGGGGUGGGCACUAAGACUAAAUUAGUUUAUUUUGCAUUUAUACAAAUUAUAUUCAUCUAAAUAAGAUCAUAUUACUUUAUAAUUAUUAAAAUUGAGUCACACUCAUGUGAUAAUUGAUAAAUGGCAAGUCGUUUCUGCCGUUGUAAGACACUGAAUUAUGGUACGUACCUUUACCUUUUCACGUGACGUAUCACCAGGUCCCGGUUCAGACAGUUCAGACAGAGCAGGGGAAAACGCAGGUCGGACUCCAGCUAGUUAACUCAGGCUAAAAACGGGGGAAAUGAUUUGGCGCUGUGUUAUUUGCUUUGUGUUCGUGGCUCUCACUCUCAAAUCUUUAUUGAGUCAUAUUAAUACUGCUCAUAGUCGCAGUCCAGAUUUUCGCGUUGUUUGUGGAAUUGAUGGAUGCACCAAAGAGUAUCGAGUCUACAACUCACUAUGGUAUCACAUUAGAAGAAACCACUACGAACACCUGGAAAGUGGCAGCAGCAACUCACGGAGAGAGAGGUCAACAGCAAGCCCGGAAGCCUCUUCAGCGGUGAAUGCGUGGGCUUACAGGCCAGCUGAUGCGACGGUACAAAUCAGAGAGCAUCAAACGGAUGAAGCAGUGGUGGAAAACAGGGUACAAGAUGUAAUGCCUGUUGGGUCAUGUCCUGCUGUAGACUCUUCUGCAUCAUGUCAGUCAGAGGAUGACAUCAGUUAUAACACUCUGACCAGACAAGCUACUGCUAUUAUGUUGACUGCAAGAGAAAAACACCAUCUUUCACAGAGAGGUGUGAAUGAUGUCUUGGCUGCAAUGCAGCAAUAUCAAGCCCUGUUGGUGACUAAUCUGAGGAGUCAGCUACAAACUGUAUUCCAGCAACAUCAAGGAAGUGAACUUGAAAAGGAAGCGAUGGCAGUAUUCGACCGGAUUGAGGAUCCAUUUUCCUCUGUUGCAACAACAUACAGGCAGGACAACGUGAUUAAGGAAAAUUUCAAUUUUGUGGAGUCAGAGGAGGUUACUGUUGGGUAUACUGCCUGCUUGAAGAAAAAAGGGACAAAAAGGGUCCUCUCCACAAGAACCAAAUGUUUUCAUUACGUACCUCUGAUUAAAAGUUUAGAACAGUUAUUGUCCCAUCCAAAAGUUUUAGAAAUGAUAGAUCAGCCGCAAAAAUACAGAAGUGGCGGUUAUCUGUAUGACAUCAUAGAUGGAGAGCUCAUGAAAUCACACCCUUUAUUUUCAGCCCGGCCCUCUGCUUUACAGAUAAUCAUUUACUCAGACGAAAUUGAAAUCUGCAAUCCACUUGGAUCUCAUGCUUCCAAGAAUAAGUUACUAAUGUUUUAUUAUACAUUAGGAAACAUUGAUCCAAAAUAUAGAUCAAAACUCGCUGCAAUUCGUCUACUUGCUAUUGCAAAGAAGAGAGAGUUGUCUGAUUGUGGAGUGGAUGGAAUUUUGGCCAGGUUGUAUGAGGACUUGGAAAUGCUAUAUGAUGGUGUUAAUAUUCAAACUGCGAAUGGGGAACGUGAAAUAUUUGGAGCAUUAGUUUCGAUAUGUGGAGACACCUUAGCACAACAUGAGCUUUGUGGAUUUAAAGAGGGUGUUGGUUUCGCCUAUAGUAAGUGCCGGCAGUGUGAAUGUUCGUUUGAGGACAUGCAAAUGUAUUUUGACGAAGACAAUUUUGAGCUAAGGACACUAGAAAAACAUGUUCGACAGUGUAGUGACAUUGAGAAGGCAAAUACUGAGUAUCUUAGAAACAGUUUAAAGACUACAUUUGGCAUUAACAGAAGAAGCAAGCUGGUAGAAUUUCCGGCCUUUAACUUGAUUGAACAAACACCUCAGGAUUUGAUGCAUAUAAUUCUUGAAGGCAUUGCUCCAUUAGAAAUAAAGUGUGUGUUAAAACAGUUAGUUCUUUUAGGUCAACUAGACUUGGAUGUUCUCAAUACUGCAUUAACUGGAUUUCCCUACUCUCCACUUGAUGUCAGAGACAAACCAAGCCCUAUAGCUUACAGCACAUUAGCUUCAAGUGAUAAUAAAUUGAAGCAAUCCUCAGGCCAAAUGAUUGUUCUACUGAAGAUAUUGCCAUUUCUUAUUGAUACAGCUAAAGAUACUGAAUACUACAAAAUAAUUCUUGAACUCAUAGAAAUUGUUAAAAUUUUGUUUGCUCCUGUCAUUGGUCUACAGACAAUUAGCAAGUUGAAAAGACUAAUUGAACAGCAUUUAAAACAUAUGAAAAGUCUUUUCCCUGAUAACAACAUUACCCCAAAAAUGCAUUAUUUGAUUCAUGCUCCAUCGCAGAUAAAACUCCUGGGACCAAUGGUCCGUCACAUGUGCAUGAGAUUUGAAUCAAAACAUUGUUUUUUCAAACAGUGGGCCUCAAAAUUAAAUUUUCGAAACGUUUGCAAGUCUUUAAUAAGGCAUAAUCAAAUGUAUGAAUGUUGUCAAAAUGUAAGUCAUUCUGAACACCCAAUUUUUUUUAACGAGUGUGCAUUGGGACCAACUUCAGAAAUACGCAACAUGUCGUAUUUGAAAGAAAAAACAAGGGCUUUCCUUGGAACUGAUGACAUAGACAAUGCAGUGUCUGUUAAAUGGAUUAAUCUAAAUGGUAAUAAAUAUAUACGGGAGAAGACAUUACUUGUAACUGCUGUUAUUUCCAAUGAUUUACCUGAGUUUGGACUUGUGAGUAAUAUCUAUGUAAUUAACUCAUCAUUAUAUUGUUUUGAGUUGCAGCAGCAUACUACUGUUCGCUAUGAUGGAAAUUACAUGGCAUAUACAAUAGAGAUUCCAAACAUGGCACAAGCAACUGAACUCAUAGCAUCUGAUAAUCUGGUAGAUUUCACUCCAUAUUAUAGUUAUACUCACAAGGAUGUGACAUAUGUCCCUACAAAAUAUUAUCUGGGAGAUGUGCUUGGGCUACACAGAGCCUCAUCUGAUGGACUGUAAAAGGCGCACUGUUUAAUGUGUUUGCCACAAACUGUGCUUCUUGACCGUCAAUUUAGUUGUUUCAUGAUUCUUUCUUCUUCAGAUGAACAAUCAAUUAGCAGUCCAAUGUCGAUGCUGCAGGAUACUGCAUGUUCUUUUGUGAUUCAGGAUGCAAUUGAGUCAAGGGUCAUAUCAUUUUGGCCGUUUUUUCAAUUUGUUUUGUUUAUGGGCCAUGCAGUUUUCAUUCAGCAUGGUUAUUUGUAUUAUGUUGUGUGUUGUAUAGACCAGUCUGCUGUCAUCUUAAUAUGUUAGAUAUGAAGCAGCAGGUUCUGCCCUGCAAUGAAAAUAAUAAUAAUAAAAAAAACACUUUAAUUGU